AUGGCCGCACAUUCGGUCGCCCAGUGGCUCAAGAAGGAAAACACCACCUUUGGUUUCUGCAAUGCCUCAAAGAAGUUGGUGGACAUAUCAGCCCUGCUGUGGGCAGCGAAAGCCCACUGUUUACCGGGGCUGGGGGUCUGUAUGCAGCUGGAAGAUCUGAUGCAGAAUCUGAAACUGAUGACGAGAGACAUUAUAGAAGGAGUGUCAUCAGACGAAGUUCUUGGGCCGGAUGAGUUUAUGAACUGUAAGAAGGCCCAUGAGGUGCAGGCAAUGUCUGAGGCUGUGGCUAGUUUGGCCAAAUGCUGUCGAGUCAAACAGGUGAUAGACGUGGGUUCAGGGAAAGGCUAUCUGUGCUCCUAUCUGUCCAUGCGGUUCAACCUGCAAGUGUUCGGGAUCGACUCCUCCAGCACCAACACGCAUGGAGCUCAUGAGAGGAACAGGAAACUGAAGAAGUUUUCCAAAGCCUAUCAGAAACCGGACAGAGCCACAAAGAAACAACCUUUGGACAGUGAGGAUGGGAGUAAACAACACAGCAGAAACUUUAUUACUAAGGAAAAGGAACAUUUUGGGGCUCAAGCGGAAACCAGUGCUUUAUCAAGACAAGUCACCAAUGAUUUAUCCACUUCAGAUAAUGCCGCAGUAUGUUCAUUAGACCCAAAUGAUUCAGAUUCAGGAAGCAGCUUCCUCAGUAUGCUGUCUUUGGACGUCAUAGAGGACGUCUCUCCCCGCGUCCACCCCAGCCAGCUGAGUCUGGAGGACAGGGAGAAGAGGAAGAGAGAGAAUCUGGAGAGGAAAACUCGAGAAGGGAGGGGGAACGACAGCGACGGCAGCCUGUUUUCCCCUCUGACCUCAUAUAUCACUGCAAAAACUGAGCUCAAGACGCUGAUCACAGAGCUGGAGGAUGCAGUUCUGGUUGGCCUGCAUACAUGUGGAGAUUUGGCCCCCAGCACUCUGCGGAUGUUCAGGGCCAAACAGGAGAUGCGCGCCGUUUGCAGUGUGGGCUGCUGCUACCACCUGCUCUCUGAAGAGUUUGAUCAGGACAGACAGGGGUGUGUCGAUGGUGUGUGUGGUUUCCCUAUGAGUCAGUAUCUGAAGGCUCAGGCGUGUUUCUGUGGUCGAAAUGCCAGGAUGUCAGCUUGUCUCGCUCUGGAGAGAGUGUCUGCCGGAGGAGGGCUGCCUAUGGAGUCACUUUUUUAUCGGGCGGUUUUUGAGAAACGUGUUGGGAAUGUGUACUCCAAAGCCUCGUCGUUUGUGGACUAUGUCAGACGAGCACUUAGGAAGCUGGAUCUGGAUGACACCACACUGUCUGACGGUGACAUUCAGAGCUAUCAUGAACUCUACAGUCCCAGAAUGAAUGAGAUGGUGGCUUUUAACAUGUUGAAAGUCACUUUGGCUCCGUGUAUAGAGGGUCUCAUCCUCCUUGACCGACUUUGCUACUUGAAAGAGCAGGACAGUGUGUCUCAUACUGCGCUGGUUCAACUCUUUGACCCCCUCCAGUCCCCUAGAUGUUAUGCAGUUGUUGGUAUAAAGGAAUCUACAGUUUGAAGACCAAAGCUGGUAGCCCUGCUGUUUAGUGUAAUUUUUUUUAAUUUAAUUUUAAUUUAUUAUUUUGAUAUAACUUUUAAUUUUGUUUUUUAAGUCAAAAUUCCAAAUUGUUGCUGAUUUUUCA